GUAAGCGUUAGGAAUUUCCUCGGCAUUGCUGCCUAGGCCAACAGCGACAUGAGUAGAUGGGCGUCGGCCCUGGCCUCGGGCCGCAAAAGCCUGGGUCGGGGUCUGGCAUUCGUUGGAGCGGGCGCUGUGCUGAGUUCGCUGGCAGUCGUAGCUGCGCGCUACCAAGCAGCGAAGGCUGAGCGCCAGCUGCCUUCCGAGUUCGUGUUGGAGCUGCCGCUGGAGCGGCUGCGGCUGGUGGACUGCCUGAGCGGGGGGCCGCUGGCGCUGCUGAGGGGGGACGUGAACCAGCUCGAGCUGCCCAAGGUGGUGUCCGCGCUGCGCCAGGCUGCGGGCGACGAGCGGUGCCGGGGCCUGGUGGCGCAGCUGGGGGGCAGGGAGCAGCUGGGGGGGCUGGCAACGGUGCAGGAGCUACGAGACGCGCUGCUGUCCUUCCGCACCGCCACCGCCGCCGCCCGGGGCAGCCCCGCCCCCACCGCCGCCUUCUCCGCCAGCUUCGGCGAGGCGGGCGGCAGCGGCAUGGCGCCCUACCUGCUGGCAACCGCCUGCGAGCGGGUGUUCAUGCAGCCAUCGGGCAUGCUGGGUCUGACGGGCCUGGAGAGCCGCGCCUUCUUCGCGCGGGGGCUGCUGGAGCGGCUGCGUGUGGAGCCGCACGUGUUCGCGCGGGAGGAGUACAAGUCGGCCGCCAACACGCUGCGGGAGCGGGGCAUGACGGAGCCGCAGCGGGAGAACCUGGGGGCGCUGCUGGGGGACAUGGCGGAGCAGAUGCUGACCGCCAUGUCCUCCUCCCGCGGUCUGCCGCUGCCGGUGCUGCGCGGGGCGGUGGAGGCGGGGCCGCUGCUGCCCGCGGCGGGGCUGCAGGCGGGGCUGCUGGACGGGGUCAAGUACAGGGACGAGGUGCAGGCGUUGUUCCCCAUCAGCGAGAAGGGCCUGCAGGAGGAGAGGGAGCGGGAGGGGAGCAAACACAAGCGCAGGAAGGACGACCCCCGCCUUCCCCGUGUGUCCAUCGAGCGCUACAUCCAGCUCACCGAGCUGUCCCGGGCGGCGCGGGAGGCGGGCGGGGCGGGGCAGGGCGGCGCGGGGUGGCUGGGGGGGACGGUGUUUGAAGGGCUGGUGCUGGCGCUGCGGGGGAGACUGCCGGACAGUGUAUCCGCCUCCCCCGCCUCCUCCCCCUCCGCCUCCUCUCCCCCCUCCGGCCGCCCCAAGGUGGCGGUGGUGACCUGCAGCGGCACCAUCGUGCAGGGACCCCUGCCGCCGGGGCCGGCCAGCAACCAACAGGUUAUCGACGCCAGCCGGCUGGUGGGGCAGCUGAACACACUGCUGGAGGACCCGGAUGUCCGUGCGGUGGUGUUGCGCAUCAACUCCCCGGGCGGCAGCGCCCUCGCCUCCGACACCAUCCACCACGAGGUCAUGAGGCUCAGGCGGGCGGGCAAGCCAGUGGUGGUCAGCAUGGGUGACGUGGCGGCCAGCGGCGGCUACUACAUCUCCACCGCCGCCGACCGCGUGUUGGCGCAGCCGGGCAGCCUGACGGGCAGCAUCGGGGUGGUGGUGGGCAAGGUGAACGUGGGGCGGGCGCUGGAGGACGUGGGCGUGCGGAGCGAGGCGGUGACGGUGGGUCGCAACGCCGACCUGCUCAGCCCCUUCACCGGCCUCUCCCCCGAGCAGCAGGCGGCGGUGGAGGCCAUGAUGGACCACGUGUACGACGACUUCCUCAACAAGGUGUCCCAGGGUCGCGGCCGCCCCGUGUCCGAGAUCCGCCCCCUCGCCAAGGGCCGCGUCUACACGGGUCGCCAGGCGUACGACAUAGGCCUGGUGGACGAGCUGGGCGGGCUGGGGGCUGCCGUACAGGCUGCCAAGCGGCUGGCGGGGCUGCCGGAGGAGGCGGCGGUGGUGGAGCACCCGCCGAGGAAGGUGCCGCUGCUGCUGCAGCUGCUUAAGAAGUCGGGCA